AUAUUUGAACUAAUGAAGCAAAGCAAAUCAAUAGUCUUGACAGGCCACUCAAUUGGAGGAACAAUAGCUUCACUCUCAACUCUCUAUCUCCUCUCCUACCUCCAAUCCAUUUCCUCUCCCCUCACCUCUGUCCUCUGUUUCACAUUUGGCUCUCCUCUCCUUGGCAACGAAUCUCUCUCUCGAGCCAUCCUCCAAGAACGAUGGGGAUCCAACUUUUGCCAUGUAGUCUCAAAACAUGACAUUGUGCCAAGACUUCUCUUAGCCCCCCUAUCUCCUCUCACUCCUCACCUCCAUUCCCUCCUCCAAUAUUAUCACUUCUCUAUGAAAGACCUCGCGGUUCAAAACAUUCAAUUAUUACCCAAUGAAAUGAAAAAUGAAAUAUUUCUCUCUGUGUUGGCCUAUGCCGAGUCAUCAGCAAAGCUAGAAGGGGGACAAAGGCCUGGUAGAGAGUCCUUUUGGCCAUUUGGGAGUUACGUGUUUUGUACUAAUAAGGGAGCGAUUUGUGUGGACAAUGAAAUCGCGGUUGUUAAGUUGUUGCAUUUGAUGUUUUCAACCGCUUCUGCGAGCUCUAGUAUUGAAGAUCAUCUCAAAUAUGAAGAGUAUGUUGGGAAGUUCCUUUCUUGGCAAUUCUGGAAAACUGGAGGCCUCUUGGAAGGGGAGUUUUUGGAUUAUUCAAGCUAUGAAGCCGGGGUUAGACUGGCAUUGCAGUCCUCAGAAAUUUCUAGUCAUGAACCGGCUUUUGAACCAGCGAUACAAUGCCUAAAGACAGCCAAACGAAUGGGACGUACGCCAAACCUCAAUAGUGCUAAUCUUGCUAUAGCACUGUCUAAAAUCACACCAUUAAGAGCGCAAGUAGAGUGGUAUAAAAAGACUUGUGAUGAGUCUGAUGAGAAUCGAAUGGGGUACUAUGACACUUUCAAGCUAAGGGGAGCGUCAAAAAGGGAUGCUAAAGUCAACAUGAACCGUAUAAAGCUUGCCCGGUUUUGGGAUGACCUAAUCCAUAUGUUGGACACCAAUCAACUACCCCAUGAUUUUCAGAAGCGAGCGAAAUUCGUAAACGCUUCCCAUUCUUAUAAACUCCUAUUUGAGCCGUUGGAUAUUGCAGAGUAUUAUCGAAUGGGAAUGCAUCGAGUCAAAGGCCAUUAUGUGAAGCAUGGGAGAGAGAGGAGGUAUGAGAUUUUUGAUAGAUGGUGGAGGAAUAGGAAGGUUGGCAAUGAAGAAAAUAACAAAAGGAGCAAAUUUGCUGGCUUGACACAAGACUCAUGUUUCUGGGCGAGAGUGGAGGAAGCGAGGGAGUGGACAGAGAACAUAAGGAGUGAGAGGGAUAUGAGGAAGCUCUCUAUGUUACUCGAGAAUAUUGAUAAGUUUGAACAGUAUGCAAGUGGAAUUGUUGAAAGAAAGGAAGUGUCGACAGAUGUCUUGGCAGAAAAUUCAAGCUACCAUUUGUGGGUGAAGGAAUGGGGAGAACUAAAAUCACAGCUGCAGCAAUUCCCCCCUCAGUUCCCAGGUUUUUUUAAAGGGAAUGUCGUUCCAUAGAUUAUAUUCUAAGAUUGAUAAGCAAGGCAGAGGCAGGCAGAGGCACUCCUUUACUAGACAAGAAGUCUGGUUUCAAGUCUUCUUGUUGCGCUAUGCAACUUCUCUUUCCCCUAUUUCCAUUUUACCAAUUGUUUAACAGGAAGGAAAAAAAUAAAAAAUAAAAGUGCUUCGCGAUGU